UCAAACAAUCAAUCAAUGAUUUUAUCAAUCACUUCAUUUAAUGCAAAUUAUUUAGCUUUUCUCGUUUUUUCGUCUGGCUUUUUUAACCUAUGACCUGGACCUGCCGCUUAGAAAACGUUUCUAAUUUUCCUAUAAAGCAAGUGCUAUAAUUAAACAUGCUCGCAUCUCUUAAAACGAUUGCAAAAAAAUUUUCAAGAAUACCUGCUCCAGUUAUUGAAAAUGUUCCAAGAUGCUUCCACAGAAGUUCUCAAAAUUUUUUACCAUUGAUUCCCAUGGUAAUAGAACAAACAGGAAGAGGAGAAAGAGCAUAUGAUAUUUAUUCUAGGCUUCUAAAAGAAAGAAUUAUUUGUUUAAUGGGUCCAGUCACAGAUGAGAUGUCUAGUUUAGUAGUUGCUCAACUUUUGUUUCUUCAAUCGGAGAGCAGCAAAAAGCCGAUUCAUAUGUAUAUCAACAGUCCUGGUGGGAUAGUCUCUGCUGGCAUGGGAAUUUAUGAUACAAUGCAGUACAUUUUGCCUCCUAUUUCAACUUGGUGUGUUGGUCAAGCAUGUAGCAUGGCCAGCCUUUUGCUUUGUGCUGGAGAGCCUGGAAUGAGGCAUUCCUUACCAAACUCAAGAAUUAUGAUUCACCAGCCUUCUGGUCAAGCAGCUGGUCAAGCAACUGACAUUCAGAUACAGGCAAAAGAAAUUGUAUUAUUGAAGAAACGACUCAAUCAAUUGUACGCCGACCAUACAAAACAACCAUUAGAAGUUAUUGAAAAAAGCAUGGAGAGAGAUAGUUUCAUGAAUCCUGAAGAAGCUAAAGAAUUUGGACUUAUUGAUGCUGUAUUAUCUAAGCCUCCUGUUAUGGAGGACGAUAAAAAGGGUUCUCCAUUUAGCUAAUGUAAUCAUCAUUUAUUAUGUAUUAAAAUUUCAUCAUUUUUGUACAUAUGUUUGUGUUUGAUUAGUAGAGGGCUAGGCUAAAUAAAAUAAUAUUUAUUUA